UUAACGCUUAGUGCUGUCACGUGGGCAGCUUGAACAGCGGAAACUGCGUAACAAGCGUGGCGCUCAGUGUGGUAAACUUCUGGAUUUAAAGUUUCAAGUUGUCUGCAGAAGAGAAGCCCAGGGAACCUAACAACAUGUCUGCGCAAAUAAUCAGCGGGAAAGAAGUCUCAGGCAAGGUGCGAGAGAGGCUGAAGAAGGAAGUGGAAGAAAUGAAGGCUCAGGACCCAAAUUUUAGACCAGGAUUGGUGGUGUUACAGGUGGGAAACAGAGAUGACUCCAACCUGUACAUCAGCAUGAAGCUGAAGGCUGCCGCUGAGAUUGGAAUCAAUGCGACGCACACGAGGCUUCCACAAACCGCUACUGAAGAAGAGGUCCUGCAAUGCAUCACAGAGGUCAAUGAGAACAGCAGUGUGCACGGGCUCAUAGUGCAGCUGCCUUUGGACUCCAUUCAUCGCAUCGACACUGAGAAAGUCACCAACGCCGUGGCUCCAGAGAAAGACGUAGAUGGUUUGACUAGCAUUAACGCAGGCAAACUAGCUCGGGGUGACCUUGGAGACUGCUUCAUUCCCUGCACUCCCAAUGGCUGUAUGGAGCUCAUUAAGCAGACGGGCGUCACUGUGGCAGGAAAAAGGGCUGUUGUGGUUGGUCGCAGUAAGAUUGUGGGUGCACCGAUGCAUGACCUCCUGCUCUGGAAUCAUGCCACUGUCACCACCUGUCACUCAAAAACUGCUGACCUGGCUGCUGAGGUGGGAAAGGCGGACAUCUUGGUGACCGGAAUUGGGAAAGCAGAGAUGGUGAAAGGCGAGUGGGUGAAGAAGGGUGCUGUAGUCAUCGACUGCGGCAUUAACCAUGUUCCAGACAGCACCAAGGCAAGUGGAAAGCGGGUUGUAGGUGAUGUUCACUUUGCUACUGCCAAAGAGCAAGCAGCCUUCAUCACUCCAGUACCAGGGGGAGUCGGUCCCAUGACUGUCGCCAUGCUCAUGCAGAAUACCAUACUGAGUGCCAAGCGCUUCCUUCAAGCACAUGAACCAGGAAAAUGGAACAUCUCUUAUACCAAGCUUAACUUGCAGAGACCUGUACCGAGUGAUAUUGUUAUCUCCCGCUCUGGCAUCCCUAAGCCCAUUGACCGUCUGGCCAGAGAGAUCGGGCUGCUGUCAGACGAAGUAGAGCUCUAUGGCAAGACCAAGGCUAAAGUCCAGCUGGAAACUAUCAAUCGAUUGAAAUCUCAGGCUGAUGGCAAAUAUGUGGUUGUUACUGGAAUUACACCUACACCCCUGGGCGAGGGGAAAAGCACCACUACAAUAGGGUUAGUGCAGGCUCUUGGUGCUCACCUCAAGCGCAACGUGUUUGCCUGUGUGCGCCAGCCAUCUCAAGGCCCCACGUUCGGCAUUAAAGGUGGUGCGGCUGGAGGAGGCUAUUCUCAGGUCAUUCCCAUGGAAGAGUUUAAUCUUCAUCUCACUGGAGAUAUCCAUGCCAUCACUGCUGCAAACAACCUGGUGGCUGCUGCUAUCGAUGCUCGCAUGUUUCACGAAGCCACUCAGUCCGAUAAGGCCCUCUUUAACCGUCUGGUGCCAUUAAAUGGAGGCCAGAGAACAUUUUCCCCUGUGCAGAUCAACCGACUCAAAAAACUGGGUAUAGAGAAAACUGAUCCAUCUACACUAACGGAGGAAGAGAUCACUCGCUUCGCCAGGCUGGACAUCGACCCUGAAUCGAUCACCUGGCAAAGAGUGUUGGACACAAACGAUCGAUUCCUUCGGAAGAUCACCAUUGGUCAGAAUCCCACCGAGAAGGGCUUUACCAGAACAGCUCAGUUUGACAUCACGGUGGCCAGUGAGAUCAUGGCGGUGUUGGCUCUCACCAGUAGUGUGGAGGACAUGAGGCAGAGGCUGGCUAAGAUGGUGGUGGCUACCAGUCGCAGCGGUGAACCCAUCACCACAGAAGACCUGGGUGUGUGUGGAGCGCUGACUGUGCUAAUGAGAGAUGCCAUCAAACCCAACCUUAUGCAGACCUUGGAGGGAAACCCUGUGUUUGUUCACGCUGGGCCUUUCGCCAACAUCGCCCAUGGGAACUCCUCUAUCCUGGCUGAUAAAAUCGCUCUGAAGCUUGUAGGACCUGAAGGAUUCGUAGUAACUGAGGCAGGCUUCGGCGCAGACAUCGGCAUGGAGAAGUUUUUUAACAUUAAGUGUCGUAACUCUGGGCUGCGGCCUCACGUGGUGGUGCUGGUGGCCACAGUCAGGGCGCUGAAGAUGCACGGGGGCGGACCGACGGUCACAGCCGGCAUGCCUCUUCCAAAGGACUACAUAGAAGAGAACCUGGAGCUGGUGGAGAAAGGCUGCAGCAACCUGAGGAAGCAGAUCGAGAACGCCAAGCACUUCGGGGUGCCAGUUGUUGUAGCAGUCAAUGCUUUUAAGACGGACACUGAUGCUGAACUCCAUCUGAUCUGUGAGCUGGCUAAACAGGCAGGAGCUUUUGACGCCGUGCGCUGCACUCACUGGGCAGACGGGGGCGCUGGAGCCACGGAGUUGGGAAAAGCCGUGCAGAAAGCGGCAGAGGAACCCAGCAACUUCAGCUUCCUGUACGACACUGAGUUGCCUAUCGUUGAUAAGAUCAGAAUAAUUGCACAGAAGAUUUAUGGAGCAGAUGAUGUCGAGCUCCUCCCAGAAGCCCAGCGUAAAGUGGAGCUAUACACCAAACAGGGUUUUGGCAAUUUGCCCAUCUGCAUGGCAAAAACCCAUUUGUCUCUUUCUCACGAGGCUGAAAAGAAGGGUGUGCCCACUUGCUUUGUCCUGCCUAUUCGUGAUAUUCGUGCGAGUGUUGGCGCAGGGUUUCUCUACCCGCUAGUUGGCACGAUGCCCACCAUUCCAGGCCUCCCAACUCGCCCCUGUUUCUACGACAUCGAUCUGGACCCAGUGACCGGAGAAGUCAUCGGCCUCUUCUAACAGACGCUGGACUGAUUCCCCACUUCUAAAUAAAUAACCCCUGUAAUGGUAUAAUUGCAGAGGAGUAGAAUCAAUAGAGUUUUUCCUGAACGCUUCAUAGUUUCAUGUUUGAUGUAAAUGCCUUUCUAUUUGUUGGAUCAAUAAUGCAGAUAUAGUGAUUCAGGUUUUUUGUGUGUGGUAAGUGGAAUCAUUACAAUAUAUAGUUACUAAAGCCCUUUUUACUGGAGGUGCUUUGAGUAAUUGUGUUACGUACAGUUAGCCGACACAAGGUAAGAAGCACGAGUGUGUGAAAAACAGAGUAGGUCAGUCACGGCUAGUCGUAAUAUUCUUAAAAAAAAAAUAGAAAUAAAAUUGCGACAUUGGAAAUUAAUUUAAUCUGGUCGAAUAUGGAGUUCAGUAUUCUGAGAGGGUGGAGCAUUUUGUCAUAUUAACGACUACUGGCAACAUGCAUAAUACUGCACGAUGGGAUUGUUCAAUAAAGCUGUGAUAAAGUAACAAAGUAAUGAUUCCACAAGAAAACAGAAGGAAAAUUGAAACCGCAUUUUUUUUUCUUUUUUUUUUUUUUCUUACCUAUAGCAUUCCUUCCAAGGUACACUACAUGAUGAAUGAGCCACUGUAUUAAUUGUACAUUUCACUCACAGGCCAGGUCCAUUACUGUACAUAUCAGAUCAAAGUCUUUAUGUGGUACUGAUGAUGAUUUGAUGACUAAACCAGAAAUUAUGGGACAUGCCCCCUGUUUUUUUCUAUACAAACUCAUUAACAUGCAGUUUUAUCAUUUAAAGAACUUAGGAAUUGUAAAGAGUUUGUAAUCUCUACGAUGUCUUAAGCUUGACUGUUAUCUUAAUGGAUUUUUUCCCUCUGUGUCGGUUAAGUGUUUGAAGCGUUGUUGUCUUUUUACAAAAUGUAAACUGGAAUCUUAAUUCUGACACUUUCUCUUUAAAUAAAGACAUGAUCUUUAAAUUAAA